AUACAUGUCGUGCCAACAGGAACUGUCCUAUUGACCAGCACCAUCGUAAUCAGUGCCAAUAUUGUCGGCUGAAGAAAUGUUUAAAAGUGGGCAUGCGGCGGGAAGUUCAGCGAGGAAGAAUGCCUCCAACCCAACCGAACCCGGGCCAGUACGCGCUAACGAACGGGGAUCCUCUGAACGGUCAUUGCUAUCUCUCCGGAUACAUCUCGUUACUACUUCGGGCCGAGCCUUAUCCUACUUCUCGCUAUGGCAGCCAGUGCAUGCAGCCCAAUAAUAUUAUGGGGAUCGAGAACAUCUGUGAGCUUGCAGCUCGCCUGCUCUUCAGUGCUGUGGAAUGGGCGAGGAACAUUCCUUUCUUUCCCGAUCUGCAGAUCACCGACCAGGUGUCCCUGCUCAGACUGACAUGGAGCGAGUUAUUUGUGCUAAACGCGGCUCAAUGCUCCAUGCCCCUACAUGUGGCCCCACUGCUCGCCGCCGCCGGCCUGCACGCCUCGCCUAUGUCGGCGGACCGCGUCGUGGCCUUCAUGGAUCACAUUCGUAUCUUCCAGGAGCAGGUCGAGAAGCUCAAAGCACUUCACGUCGAUUCUGCAGAAUACAGCUGCAUUAAGGCAAUAGUGCUCUUCACGUCAGACGCUUGCGGCCUGUCAGAUGCUGCACACAUCGAGAGCCUGCAGGAGAAGUCUCAGUGCGCCCUGGAGGAGUACGUGAGGAGCCAGUACCCGAACCAGCCCAGUCGCUUUGGCAAGCUUUUACUGCGACUGCCUUCUCUCCGCACUGUCUCUUCGGCUGUAAUUGAACAGCUGUUCUUCGUUCGCUUGGUAGGUAAAACUCCCAUUGAAACCCUCAUCAGGGAUAUGUUAUUAUCCGGGAGCAGCUUCAACUGGCCCUACAUGUCCAUUCAAUGAUCCGAAUGAGCGAGUGAAACAAAAAGACUGAAGGACCAAAUUUCUGCAAGCCCUUUCAUGAAGACUAUAUAUAUAGGACUUCAUUUCUGACCACUUUAGGAAGACACUCUUUUUUGUCUUCUGGGACCGAGAUGGAAUGUGUAAUGUACAAAGAUUAAAGAACUGGACGUACUCCCAUGUAAAUCCAUCGCCGUCAUCAAGAACACUCUCCAUUUUGUAAAAUACUAGUCUUUAUUUUAAUUUUUCUUUUCUUUUUUUGUAAAGAACAAAAUACGUACAAAUAAAAUGAAGAACAUCAUAUGCGCAGUAAAUGAGCAAGACUUAGCGGGAAAGAAAUUUCCAAGCAAUUAUAAGAAAUGUCCUGUGUCUAUGUAUCUGUUUUGUAUUUUUUCUGGUUCUAAACCAUUUUUUUUUCUGUGAUUCUAUACUAAUGAUUUUUGAUAUAACCUUUUGCUUCUUAUAAUGAGUGCGAUAUAUGUUGUUGAAGAUAUGUUCUCCGAGAAUUAAAAUUGAAGUGAGAAUUUAAAGAAAUAAAGAAAAACAUUAGACAAAUAAGAUGCAGUCUAAUCGCAAUGACAAUUUCACUGAUGGUUGAACCUUCCCUCACUUGAUGCUAUGGACAUGCAACUUCGGCAAAUCUGACCUCAUGGACAUUUUAAGGAGAGGACACCGGUGAAACUUUUUUCUUGGUCGUGUGUGUGCGAGUGUGUGAGUCAAUCAUCAGUCAGAGAUAAAAGACAUGAAAAUCAA